GAAAGACCAGGGCAAGGACCAGGCUCUCCCUGUUCGUGCUAUUAAAACUUCAGGCCUACACGUAUAGCACCAGAGAGUCAUUUUUGGACUCAAAAGCUUCAUUUUCUCUAGUUGAGAUGAUAUCAAAUGAUCUUCCACCACCGGAGUUCCUUAAAGAGGCCAUUUUUGCUGCAGGUAGCUUCUGGGAACUCGAGGCUGCAUUUGGUCGUGUUGAUGAUGCAGUAAGGACGGCUGUGGGUUACCAUGGAGGAACCCCUGUAAAGCCUAGUUACAAAGAG